CCCUGGGCCCGGUGGGCACACACACGGUGGGCACACACACGGUAGACACACACACACGGUGGACACACACACCGGUGGACACACACACGGCAGGACCGGCAUGGGCCCAGCGGCCGGCUGGGCCCUGUGGAUGCUGUGCUCUGGCCUCCUUCCAGGUUCUACAUCAUCAACUGAGCAUACUUUAAGAAGCAAUGAGGAAGAUGUUGAAGAACCUGUUAAACCGUUGGAUGGUACAGUGGCUUUAUUCGAUUUCUUCAAUCCCACAACAUGUCGUCCAAAACUAGGACAGACAGUAAUACCUUGCCGUGCAGGAAUGGAUCUUAAUAAAACUGAAUGUUUACAUCACAAGUGUUGCCACUCUUCAUGGACUCAAAGCCAAUUAAAGUGCUACACCCCGUUAAAGGAUAGGCCUCAGCUGACAUUGCGGCUCUUUGCCCUUGGAACAGGAGCCAUGAUUAUUCUGGGGUGUUGUCCACUUUGCUGCUGUUCUCUUUUGCAGAAAAGUAAAUGUGCGAAUCCUUUACAAAGACCAAGGAAGAAAGUUCAGAUAAAAUUGCAGAAGUUUGACAAUUCAGAAACUAUAGAUGAACUUUUAGAGAACCUAUUGAAAAAGAACAAGGAUAAAAGCAAACAAGGGAAAAUUUCACAAUGAGAUGUCUCUUGACCUUGAAUUGCACCGAGGCAGGAAGUUUUAGGAACCUAAAGUUUGUUUUGGAAGAAGAAAUUUACUCAUUCCAGUCAUGAGUACGUGUGGUGGAAUCUGAAAUAAAUGUUAGAUUUUA